UUUUUGAGUUAUUCCAAGAAUCCUGUGUAUAUGAAUCACAUGUGAUUCCUGAAUACCGAUCAACAUAAUGUUUUUCAAAACAAAUUGGUUACCAAGAUUAACAUCGCGUAAUUGUUUGUUAUAUAAAUCAUUAUUUAUUAAGAAUUCUUUUAUUCGAUCAUCAUCAUCACAAUCAAAUCACAAUGAAUCUAAUAAUGAAUCAUUAUUACUUAAAGAGAUUGUUAAACAAAUUCAAUUUACCGGGCCAUUAACCGUUAAUGAUUAUAUGCGUUUAGCAUUAACACAUCCAAAAUAUGGUUUCUAUAUGCGUCAAGAUGUUUUUGGUGAAAAAGGACAUUUUAUUACAUCUCCGGAAAUAUCGCAAAUAUUUGGUGAGCUAAUUGCUAUAUGGAUAAUGUAUCAAUGGCAACAAUAUUCAAAUGCUCGACAAUUAGAUAUUAUUGAAUUAGGACCAGGACGUGGUACAUUAUCUGCAGAUAUUGCCCGUUCAAUGGCACAAUUUAAUCAGACACGUCAAUCAUUAAAUGAUUUUCAUUUACAUUUGAUUGAAAUUUCACCAUUUCUUCAAUCGAUUCAACAUCGAAAUCUUUGUGAUAAUGAAAAGUAUAUCAUUGAUAAUAAUAAUCGGAAAUCAUCGAAAACCAAAUAUGGUCAAUCGAUUCAUUGGUAUCAAUCAAUCGAUCAAUUGAAUCAAUCAAAACGACAAUCGAAUCGUUUUCCAAUAUUCAUUGCCAAUGAAUUUUUCGAUGCAUUUCCUAUACAUAAAUUUAUUAAAAAUUCAAAACAACAAAAAUGGAAUGAACUAUUAAUUGAUUAUGAUGAACAAAAUCGACGAUUACGUUGGAUACAGGCACGAAAUGAAACACCGAUGAUAAAAUUAUUAUCAUUAAAUGGUCAUUUUGAUCGUUAUUCAUCAUCAAAUGUUGAACAUAUUGAAUAUAGUCCAACUAUAUUUGUAACUAUCGAUAAAAUUAUUGAUUAUAUUGAACAACAAUCAAUAGAAAAUGAUAAUAAUGAUGAUAUAUCUGGCUGUAUUUUAAUAUGUGAUUAUGGUUUUGAUGAUGAUAAUAAGGAUAAUCAUCAAAAAGAUCGUGAUACAUUUCGUGCAUAUUAUCAACAUAAACAAUGUGAUCCAUUAUUGAAUCCAGGUAUGGCUGAUUUAACAGCUGAUGUUGAUUUUGCCUCUAUUCGCCAUCAUGUUUUAAAUCGACCAAAACGGAUGAUGAACAAAAUGAUACAUUGUUUCGGUGCAAUUGAACAGCGGCAAUUUCUUUCGCAAAUGGGAAUUGGAUUUCGUUUAAAACAACUGUUACAACAACAACAAUCAUUCAAUAACAAUCAACAUCCGGAUAAUAAAAAUUAUUCCAACAUACAAAAAGAAUUAAUUAGCUCUGCACGAAUAUUAAUGGAUGAAAUGGAAAUGGGAAUUAGAUUUAAAUUUAUGGCCAUUUUUAUCGGUAACGAAAAGAUAAAAAUUGAAAAACCGGUCGGAUUUUUGGCCAACGAAUGAAUUGAAUUGAAUUUGAUUUCAUGUUGUGUGUGUGAAUAACUGAGCGAAGCUCAAAACACAUCACCAUUGUUGAUUUAAGUCUAUUCAAUUUUUUUUUGUCAUUCAAAUAAUAAAUAUUUCUGAAUAA